UGGGGCUGAGGGUUGCUUCCGCCCCUGCCCUGCCGUGCUUUGUCCUCCCUUGACUCGGCUGCACCGUCCAGGUCCUUGCGUCCCAGCCCCUGGGGUCCGGGCUUUGCCGGCGUGGCGAAGCUGCGCCCUGCCUGCCCAUUUGCACCCUGGUCAAGUGCAUGAUGAGGGGAGCGGCCCCUCCUCCCUGUGCCAGGGGACGGUGGAGGCUGCUCCCACGCUCGCAGCUCCUGAUGCCCCGAAGCACCACAAAGCCUGACCCUUCGCAGGCAUGGAGUUGUCGGGAGCUGGGGAGCGCGGGGGGCAGCCUCUGAAUCAGGGCUUCCCUGGUCUGGCAUGGCCCAGGCUGCAGGGGGAGCGGAAGAGGGGGAAAGGCCCCCGCGCUCUGCCCCUGCAUGACAGACCACAGGGCGAGAUGGACCUGUGGUCCGCCCCACUCGGCACCCGUCCGUACGCUCUUGUCACUUUGUGGGAGCCCUGGAGCAGAGUGGCUCCAAGAAAGCAGCACGUGCCGGCGGGCAGAGAGCUGCUGAGCGCCCCUCGCACGGAGAAUAACCCGGUGCAGGAAAGGGGGGCGGGCGGCGCGGUCCGGGUGCUGCUGAGGAAUGCUUUUGUGGAUGUCCAGGGUAAAACCAAAAGCUGCGCGCACCUCGGAUGCGAAUAGCGUGGCUUCCCCCCCACCUCGUUUAACUUCAUGCCCCUUUUAAACUGUGCGUACGGUUCUCUGGGCGGCAGAUCUUCCUGAGGAAAUAAUGAGCUGCAGAAAUGCUGUUUUAAAGCCUGCAGUGGUGUUUGAAUGCCUGAUUUGAACUGACUGAUGGAGUGGAGAGAGCUUCCUGUCCGGUUAGGACCGUCUCUGCCCUAUCGCCUUGUGUUCCCAGGGGCCCCUUGGUCCUUCAGAAGUUAGUCUUUUUUUUUUUUUUUAAUAUAUUCUUGGCCCCAUUAAUGCUGUUUUUUUUUUAAAUCCCGAAACAAAACAAACGCUGUGCUCAGGGGAGCUGCUCACCUGAUCCUCUCCGAGGAGUCACCUGUCUGACGAUACCUCCGUCAUCAUGUCAGUCAGCGUCCACGAGAACCGUAAAUCCCGGACUAGCACCGGCUCCAUGAAUAUCUUACUCUUCCACAAAGCUUCCCACCCAGACUGCGUAUUGUCCCACCUCAACACUCUCCGGAAACACUGCAUGUUCACUGAUGUCAUCCUCUGGGCCGGGAACAGAUCCUUCCCGUGCCAUCGGGCCAUCCUGGCUGCCUCCAGCAGAUACUUUGAGGCCAUGUUCAGCAAUGGUCUCCGGGAAAGCCUGGAUGAUGAGGUGAAUUUCCAUGACAGCCUCCACCCGGAGGUGCUGGAGCUUCUGCUGGACUUUGCAUACUCCUCUCGCAUCAUCAUCAAUGAGGAGAACGCAGAGUCCCUGCUGGAGGCCAGCGACAUGCUUCAGUUCCACGAUGUCCGAGAUGCGGCGGCCGAGUUCCUCGAGAAGAACCUCCAUCCCUCCAACUGCCUGGGCAUGAUGCUGCUCUCGGAUGCUCACCAGUGCCGGCGGCUCUAUGAGCUGUCCUGGAGAAUGUGCCUGGUCAACUUUGAAACCAUGCACAAGAGCGAGGACUUCAACAACCUCUCCAAGGACACGCUGCUGGACCUCAUCUCAAGCGACGAGCUGGAGAUUGAGGAUGAGGAGAAGGUCUUCAAGGCUGUCCUCCAGUGGGUGAAGUACGAUUUGGAUGAACGGAGGGUUCACCUCCCAGAGCUGCUGAGAAACAUGCGUCUAGCCUUACUGCCUUCAGAGUGCCUCAAGGAAGCCAUGGCUUGUGAGAAUGUGAUCAUGGCCGAUGAGAGUAACAAGGUCAUCUUGGACGAGGCUAUUCACUGCAAGAAGAAGAUCCUGCAGAAUGAUGGGGUGGUCACCAGUCUCUGCGCCCGGCCUCGCAAAGCUGGGCAUACCUUGUUGAUCCUGGGUGGCCAGACCUUUAUGUGUGACAAGAUAUAUCAGGUAGAUCGCAAAGCCAAGGAGAUUAUUCCCAAAGCAGACCUGCCAAGCCCAAGGAAAGAGUUUAGUGCCUGUGCCAUUGGCUGCAAAGUGUACAUCACUGGCGGGAGGGGAUCUGAGAACGGGGUCUCAAAAGAUGUCUGGGUGUUUGACACCGUGCACGAGGAAUGGUCCAAAGCUGCCCCCAUGUUGAUAGCUCGGUUUGGGCAUGGCUCAGCUGAACUGGAAAACUGCCUGUAUGUGGUCGGUGGCCAUACCGCAGUGGCUGGUGUCUUCCCUGCCUCUCCCUCUGUCUCCUUGAAGCAGGUGGAGAAGUACGAUCCCACAGCCAACAAAUGGACCAUGGUGGCCCCGUUGAGGGAUGGAGUCAGCAAUGCUGCCGUGGUGAGUGCCCGGCUCAAGCUUUUUGUCUUUGGCGGGACUAGCAUUCACCGGGACAUGGUCUCCAAGGUGCAGUGCUACGACCCUGCUGAGAACCGGUGGACGAUCAAAGCAGAGUGCCCCCAGCCCUGGCGCUACACAGCAGCUGCUGUCCUGGGCAGCCAGAUUUUCAUCAUGGGAGGUGACAGUGAAUACACAGCAGCGUCCGCCUACCGCUUCGACUGCGAGACGGACCAGUGGACUCGCGUUGGGGACAUGACUGCCAAACGCAUGUCAUGCCACGCAUUAGCCUCGGGGAACAAACUGUACGUGGUGGGAGGAUACUUUGGGACUCAACGAUGCAAAACGCUGGACUGUUACGACCCUACCUCAGACACGUGGAACUGUAUAACAACCGUGCCUUACUCGCUCAUACCCACGGCUUUUGUCAGCACGUGGAAGCACCUGCCAGCCUGAGAGGCGUUGGCCCACAAGCCCAACCAGAUGCCAGCGUCACGUUCACUUCCCUCCCUGCCGGAGCCUGAUUACCGCUGCGUGCGCAGCAUCUUUUGUGGCCCGUCCCUGGCACCGGGACAGCACGAGGGCUGACCUAGGAACUAAACUGCCCCACGUGGGCUGGGACGGGAAGCUUCAUGAAGCUGCUAGUCUACCUGCUGUGUGAUCAAGAGACCGAAGGGAAGUGGAGGAGGUGCCGGUUUGCAAUCCUGUGGGGUUACAGCCAUGCUCUACUGGAGCUCUCGCCUGCAGUUGUUGGGUGGGGAGGGAAGUGGGCCUGGCUUUGCUACGCUGAGAAACAUGGACAUUGCUUUAAGCCUGUUUGGUAGCAGGAGGUGGGAGUAAUGGCCAUGCCCUGGGGUAGCAGCGUAAACAGAGCUGGCUGGAAGAGUAAGGCCGCUAGUGCCAUCUGUGCCCUCUGGAGAUUGCAGUAGGCUCCCGUGAUGGUUUUCGUGUGUGUGUAGGAGCACAUAGCACAAUAAUCUCAUUAGGUGCUUUCUUUGUACUGGGUUGGGGAAGAAGGGCAGUUUCUACGUGUUUUUUUUUUUAAAGCAGUGAAUGUUGCCAAGUGCUUUAUAUUGGGGGCCACUGCUGUUUAGCUGACUUUAACUUGUUUUAAAGACCUGGCGGGCGAGGGGGGUGGGAAUGGUUAUGGACUGUGGAUGGAGGAGGGAUUGGGUAAUUCGGCUCUGGGCUCAGCAUGGGUUAGAAACUUUGCUCUCUGCUGGGCCCUUCUGCUAUGUCAGUGCCAUGCUACUGCAGCAAGGUGACCCAAAUACCAGCUCCCAUUGCCCUGCAGUGAAGGCAGCCACUGAAACUUAAAUUGGGAGCCCCGACUCAUAAUUAAGAUAGCCCAAGCAGCUGACAGAUCAGCCAGGUGAGGCAGGGGCUUGUUUUGAAAUUGGGAGCAUUUGCCUUGCACGUUCACCUGCCUUCUAUUUGCAGCCUGGUAGCGUGCUGCACAUGGCUGCUGCAAAGAGAUUUUGCACCCCAAUAAUGUGCCAAAAUACUAGGAUGUGUGUUAUGCUGCUCUGGGCAGAGCUGAAACUUGCUGCAUCUUCAGUGCCUCCCCUCUGCACGGUCCCGUUCCCCAAACACUUGCACAAAUGGAAGCGGUGCUAGCAAAUGAACAUAGGAUUUGCGGUUUCCACACCUGAUUGUCACCCCCCUGAGUAGGGUAUCCCGCCUCUAGCAGCUUGACGCUUCCGAGAAAAGCAAAACUGAAUCCAGUGAAGCAUCACACCACUGGCGCGGAGAAUGAUGGGUGGGUACGGAGGUGAGGAAAGCCCUCCUCACCCCUGUGCCACCCAGGUGAAUGUUUCUGGCCAUGUUGUCCUGGUCUAAAUUACCCAUGUUCAGUUCUUGGAGACCUUGAGUGUCACAGGUGAGCUAUGCAUUGGUGCUGUUUUCCACAUAAUAGCCACUACUUCUUAGUGUCCCAUUGUCCCCCUUGCGGGGGAGGUCUCUUAGACUGUGGCUCUUGACACAGAAGGAUACAGCUUCUUACUGAGCCGGAGGCAUUUCCCUUGCUGGUUGGCCACAGCUGGAGAUGGGCUCUGCACCUGGCCAGCCCGCUGCCCUCCGGCGUACAGCUAUUCCAGCAUUCCUGUGAAUACUUUGAGCUGUCCUUUCCUCAGCGGAUUAGCUUAAGCUGCCGCCUCACCAGCCAAAUGAUGCAAUGUACUGAAAGCCCUUGACACAGCCUCAAAUAACAAAGGCCUUUCAGGAGCCAAGAGCUGCCUUUGCUGUCAGGACGAGCACACUUUGUACACAGGGACCUCUGUACCGGACAGAUUUAUGUUUCUUUACAUUUUGUAGUUGGCUCCCAGAUCUCUGAAAACUUGAAUAAAACGGUCUGGGAAACCA